AUGAACUCAGACUAUAUUGCGGUCAUCCCCUUCUUGAUACAUGCCAGCAGCGGUAUGAACUGUUGUCCUACUGUUGUCGAAAAAGAUCUCGGUAUUCCGUGCCGUAUUCCCGCCAUAGUAGCAGUAGCAGAUGUGCUGAACGGAGGUGAUUCCUCCAACACGGAAGUUGUCAACGCCCUAAUAAUAAAAUCAUAG